AUGAGCAUGUUUCGCGAAUUUUUCGAGCUGGUGCUGGAGCACAUCGGCCUGAUGGGGGAUUUGGAGUUUGAGCUGGCGCCGCAGGUCGAGGUCACCUUCAACAAGAACAGGGGUAGGGAGUUGGUGGUGCACCUCAUCAACAUGUCCGGGGCGAGGGGUCGGAAUUUUGGCCAGCAUCUGCCCAUUCCUGCUGGCAAGAUCAAGAUGAGAAAUGGCGGUCAGGGAGUAAAGAUGAGGACAUUGGUUGGGAGUAUGACGUUUGAGGUCGAGCAGGGUGUGGUUGGUCUGCCUGGCAUUGACCCGUUCGAGGUGGCUGUCAGUCAGGGCUUGUGA